AAUAGAAUUCCAAAAAAAAUAGAAACAACUUUGAUUUGGAGUUUCAAUUCCCAACAAAAACCAGACUAGGCUCGCACCCUAUUUAGGACUUGGGAGUUGUAGCAUCUUUGACUGGAAGUCCCCGGGAAUCGAUUAGGGGGCAGAGCCCUCACAAAACACAGCGAUGCCGGCGUUUGAAUUCUCCGGUAGAAGAAGUCCUGGCCGCCGGCGCAGCUGCUGUUUCUUCCUGGUGUUGCUGCUUCUUCUUCUUAUUAUUAUUCCAAGCGCGAGGGGGGGAGGAGAGGGGGUGAUCAGGGUCAAUUACAAGUUCUCCGGUUCGGAGCGGACUCUCACUGCCCUAAGCGCGCACGACGACAUGCGCCAUCUCCGUUUCCUCUCUGGCGUCGACCUCCCCAUCGGCGGAACCGGCCGACCUGAUUCUGUCGGGCUUUACUAUGCCAAAAUUGGGAUUGGAACUCCGGCAUUGGAUUAUUAUGUGCAAGUAGAUACAGGGAGUGACAUUAUGUGGGUUAAUUGCAUUGGAUGCACAGAGUGCCCUAGAAGAGGUUACCAUGGCAUGGAGCUGAGUUUCUAUAAUCCAAAGGAUUCUCUUACUGGGCAAUUAAUUUUGUGCAACCAGAAAUUCUGCAAGGACAUGUUAAGAGACACAGUAGCGAGUUGCUACGGUAAUACAUCUUGCUAUUACACUGAAGUUUAUGGAGAUGGAAGUUAUAGCAUGGGCUACUUUGUAAAGGAUAUCGUACAGUAUGAUCAAGUGUCAGGUGAUCUCCAAACUAAAUCAUCAAAUGGAAGUGUUAUUUUUGGGUGUGGUGCAACAGAAUCUGAUGACCUGAGCUCAUCAGAUGAUGCGCUUGACGGGGUCAUUGGAUUUGGGAAAUCCAAUUCAUCCAUGAUUUCACAGUUGGCUUCUUCUGGUAGAGUGAGAAAAAUGUUUGCGCAUUGUCUAGAUGGUGUGAACGGAGGAGGUAUUUUUGCCAUUGGCCAUGUUGUUGAACCAAAAGUAACUAUGACACCCUUGAUACCGAACCAGUCACAUUACAAUGUCAACAUGACAGCAGUCAGAGUUGGUCGUGAGUUUCUAAACCUCUCAACAUAUGUAUAUAUGGACGGUGACAAUCGGGGAGCAAUAAUUGAUAGUGGAACUACAUUAGCUUAUCUUCCAGAAGUCAUAUAUCACCAACUAGUGAAAAAGAUACUCUCCUGGCAGCCUGGUUUGAAAUUACGCACGGUUAAUGAUGAAUACACAUGCUUUAAGUUCUCCGAAAGCGUUGAUGAUGGGUUUCCUCCAGUGACGUUAUAUUUUCAAAAUUCACUCACUCUGAAUGUUACUCCUCAAGAAUACCUAUUUCCAUAUGAUGAUUUAUUUUGCAUUGGAUGGCAAAACAGUGGGAUCCAAACUCGUGAUAGAAAGAACAUCACCCUUCUAGGAGAUCUGGUACUUUCAAAUAAGCUAGUCCUGUAUGAUCUUGAAAAUCAGGCCAUUGGAUGGACAGAAUAUAACUGCUCAUCAAGCAUAGAAUUGAAGGAUGAAAUCACGGGGUCUGUGCAUUUGGUUGGUGCUCAUUCUAUAUCAUUUGGCUCUACCCUACGCGUGAAUAUGUGUCUCAUCUUUUUUUUGUUAGCAUCUUUUUUCCUGCAAAAUGUUGUCUGCUGAGUUUGGCUCAGGUAACAUCCAUCCAUUCUAUCGUAAAGUUUCUGUUUUUUAAGAGGGGGAAUUCGGCAAAGAAUAGAUACAAAACCACAAUGCAUUUUGGCUUUCAUAGUGAAGUUUGCAUAUAUUUUAUAGAUAGAUAGGUAUACAACUCGCAAACUAUGGCGUAUCAAAAAUAUUUUCUUCCUUUCUUUUUAUUGUGUAAAUCAAGUUUUGUAAAUAUAUAUAUUCCAACAAGUAAGCAUUAAUAAAAGUAUAAACUCAGCGCAUUUACCUUGUUU